AAUCCUCCCUUCCCGCUUCGCCAUUCAGUUGUGUAUUGACUAUCGUACGAGACGCUUACAAAUUCUCAUAAUAUUGUCAUCAGGAUUGGUUGGGCGAUUUUAAGGAGUACAUAAAACCUGACCUAGACUAAUCAACUGGUGUGCCUGACGGCCAGAUACAUGGGUCCGAAAGCCCUCAGGCCAGUUUCACUUCACAUUGAAUAUAACACUAGUCUGCAGAAUCUCAAGAGCAUCAAAUUCAAGUAAUUCGAUGAGCGAAAAUCGAAUUCGUUGAAAUUAAACCCAGAGUGGAUCAAAGGAUUUGGCAUUACUUCCCUUUCCACAAGUAUUUUUAAUCGAAAAAUCAUAACAAACAUUUAUAUCACAUCCGAUAAUAGUGAGAGGAAAUGAGUUAUCAAUUUAUUUAGUUGAUUGAUAGUUAUUUCAUCUAUUUCCACAUAUUUAAUGAUUCGUGAAUUAACAGAAGGGCUGCGUUUAGGAAUGAGUGCUUCCUCACAACACAAAUGAAAUAAAGAAUAUAAAGCAUCAACUAGGUGUAAUAUUUAGUUUAAACAAUCUCGAUAAUAUUUGAAGCAACAGUUGACACCUGGAGGGAAGAAUCCCUUUACCCUCAGGCAGGGAAAUCGUUGGAUUUUGUGAACGCAAAUACAAGUGGAGAUUUCAUUCAGGAAAUUUCAGGAGAUUCAGGGAGUGGGAUUGAGAAUAGGGCGAUAUUUUUCGAUUGAAGGGCAAGGCUCUUGCGAUAAAAUAGUGACAGAGAAAUAUUUAUUUAUUGGUUGGGUGAAUUCUCGUCGAUUUAGCGAAACUUUUAAGCUCAAUCAGUUUAAUAAGCGCUCGGGAGUGUUAGGAACCCUUGAAGAGAGUGAAGACAUUCCCUGGGAGAUGGUCAGUCAGGCACCGAGGGCUGGACACGAGCUGGCACCUCUGAACGAGCCACGCCAGGUCCCACAUUCAGUGACAAUUGCCGUUGGUCCUGGACACAAUGGCACACAUCCUGCUGAGGGUAAGGAGGAUAAACGAGCCGCGUGGAGUGGAAAAAUGCAGUUCUUUCUCAGCAUCAUCGGGUACAGUGUUGGAUUGGGAAAUAUAUGGAGAUUUCCCUAUUUUUGCCAGCAGAACGGAGGGGGAGCAUUCCUCAUUCCAUUCUUCGUAAUGCUCAUCCUCGAAGGCAUUCCCCUCUUCCUCAUUGAACUGGGCAUCGGCCAGCGCAUGAAAGUCGGUGCACUUGGUGUAUGGAACAAUAUUCAUCCUUGGCUAGGUGGUAUUGGUAUAGCUUCCUGCAUUGUCACGUUCUUCGUUGUACUCUACUACAAUGUUAUCAUCACAUGGUGCUUCUACUACCUCUUCAACUCUCUAUCCGCUGUGGUAAAAGCGUUUUCUCAACCCGAUGUUAAAAUGCAAGACACGCUGGCAUGGGCAAAGUGCCCGGUGAUUGAUGGGGUUGAAGUAGAAGAGUGUGUAAAGAGCUCAUCCACAGCGUACUUCUGGUACAGAACGACCCUUGAUUCUUCUCCUAGUAUAGCAGAACCUGAAGGACUCAAAUGGUGGAUUGUACUUUGUUUGUUGCUCAGUUGGACAAUUGUAUUCUUCAUCAUGAUGAAGGGGAUACAGUCAUCCGGAAAGGUCAUUUACUUCACAUCCCUCUUCCCCUACAUUGUUCUGACCAUCUUCUUCAUCAGAGGGGUGACUCUCAAAGGCGCCAGUGAAGGACUUGCCCACAUGUACACACCGAAGCUUGAAAAAUUGCUGGAACCAACAGUAUGGCUGGAUGCAGCUACUCAAGUCUUCUACAGUUUUGGCCUUGCCUUCGGGUCCCUCAUAGCCUUCGGCAGCUACAACACCCCCGACAACAACUGCGUUCGGGACGUUAUCCUCGUGAGUUUCUGCAACGCAUUCACCGCGAUAUUUGCCAGUGCAGUUGUCUUCGCGAUCCUGGGAUUCAAGGCUGUCAGCAAUGUAGACAACUGCCUUGAACAAUCGAGGAAGUUGCUGAUCAACUCAGGACUUUUGAGUGACAACUCCACUAAUGACGAAUUCGAACAUGCGAGAAUGACGUUCAAUGGAACAGCAGUUGGAUCCAAUAUUUUGUUAGCUUCGUGCAGUCUCGAGGACGAAUUGAAUACUGCUGCCGAAGGGACAGGUCUAGCCUUCGUCGUGUUCACCCAGGCAAUAGUCGAGCUCCCAGGGGCUCCAUUCUGGUCCUGCAUAUUCUUCCUGAUGCUCCUAGCCCUCGGCAUUGGCUCCCAAAUAGGUCUCCUCGAGGGUAUGCUCUGCGUCAUCUUCGAUAUUGACAUUUUCAAGCGAAUAAGAAAGCCGUACAUAACCGGCUGCGUAUGUGUCACUUGUUUCCUCGUCGGUUUGAUAUUCUGCACUGGUGCUGGUGAAUACUGGCUCAAACUAUUCGACAGCUUUGCCAGCACCAUCGGCCUCGUCGUGGUCGCCCUCUUGGAGAUGAUGGCAGUGGUGUUUGUGUAUGGGCAUGAGAAAUUCACACAGGACAUCGAGGAUAUGACAGGUCAUAGACCAGGAUGGUACUGGCAGAUAACUUGGAGAUUCCUCGCACCCCUCAUCAUGAUUUGCAUCCUCGUGUCUAGCAUGUUCUCGAUGAUAAUGAAUAGACCACAGUAUUCCGCGUGGAAGGCCUCUGAGGGCGCAACGGAGUCAUUGUUCUACCCCGACUGGGUAAUGGCUAUCGCCAUAGUGAUUAUAUUAAUUGGCAUCGCACCAAUCCCGAUAGUGUUCCUGCUCCGAAGGUUCCAAUGCCUCAAACUCGAUGUCAAUAUCCAUCAGGGCAGUAUUCGACGGAUCGAGACAACUGUUUCCACGAAGGAGAUGAUGGGUGACGUUGAUAUUGACGACUAUCAAGAUAGGCUGGAGGACUUUCCAGAAGAGGAGGAGGGAAACAGUGACGACGAUAACAACAUAACACCUCAAAAUUACAAAGCCAUGGCAUCGAGGGCCCAUCAGGGUAAAGGAUUGAAAAUGCGACGUAUGGAUUACUGAGCUUGAUUACCAGUAAAUCGUGUAAAUUUAUUGACACGUGUAAAUGUGUGACGGAAUUUAUACAAUAAAAUGUGAUAUUUUCGUGCAUUAAAAUGAUGGGGGCUAUGGUUUAAUUAUCAAUGAAGAAAUUAAACUGCCAAAAAGAUCUUAAUGAGAUUUUCUAAUGUUGCGGAAUAUCACACCGGAGUAUUAUACACUGAAUAAUAUGAAUUCCAAUGGGAUUACGCGAACAAACUAUUACGUUCAUAAUUUUAAUCCGAAGCAUUGUAAUUUAAUUUAUGGUUUUCACGUUUAUUAUUAACAUUCGUAAGCAAAUGUAAAUAAAAUAUUUUACGACGAAAUGCGACUGGAAAGUACGUACAAAGCAGAGAAAUUAGAAUCGAUAAUAUUUGGAUGUUCGAAGAAUUAUUAAAAUAGUUAAUUUUGUGGAGGACAUGACCACUGCUGACUUUUUCCAUUUCAAAUGUUAAUAUUGUUUAAUAAUUGCAACAUUAUUUCCUGAGAUGAGGACGCGCAAGAAUGUGUUCAGUGUCUGACUGUCAUAUCUUCGUUCAAUUCGCCAUCGGGUGCUAAUGAUUAAUUGCUUUUCAAAUCUUUAAUUAGUUCCGUAUCUUUAACUUCCAAGUUUUACAUAGUUUUUGUGAUUCAUCGGUCAUCCUGGGCUGAUUGUACCUGUGUACAUAAUUUCAUUGUACAGGAGAGUGAGCUAAGGUGGACACUCUUGUGGAGAACAUGGGAUUUUGUUUCUUAAAAAAUUUGUCUGUCUGUUGUUAGAAAAUUUUCCCACAGAACUUUUUCUACCACGAAAUUCGACCGAUUAUUUUUUCUAGAAGAAAAUUAAUUUCAUUAUAUUUGCACUGAGAGAAAGAAACUCUGUUCCCCAAUAUAUUUACUCAACAACAGUAAAUUUACUCAAAUAUUUCCAUGAGAUAUGCCAAUGCCAAUUAAAUUUUCUUAAAGUUGGUAAAUAUUCUUGGCACAGGAUUCUUCUUUUCUCAAUUUGUCUUGUUCUUGAACAGCGCCAGUACAGAGUAUUAUUUAACUAGGCUCAUUGAGAUUUAUUAUCUCAUAAGCAUCUUCCGUUACAAAGGGGUAAUAAUUUCAAGGAUUUUGGGAUUUCCUAACGGAACCCUACACCCUACGGGGUCGUUAAUCUCGGAUCAAUCGAUUUUCAUCUCCCUCAUUAUGAAUGAUUUUUGAAAGGAGCCCUAUUGGAAAUUUUUAAUGGAAAAUUGUUCUCUGAACACAAAAACAUUCUUCAUGAACUGUAACUUUACAACGAAUUAUUGCGACAAUCUGCAUUUAUUUCCUUUGAUGAUUUCAUUCGUCAACUUUAUCAGUAAUUUUGUCAAAUAUUUGUCCCCCCCCCUUUAACUUAAAAACACUGUUAGAAACUUAUUUUAUGACAUUGCGAUAUAUUUUAUGUAUCCGGAAGUACUGAAGAGAGGUGCUCAAGGUGUCAAAUAUAUGUGAAAACCACGUACCAAUCAACUACAUAGUCGGUAAAAAAAUAAAGUCGUGAAAAUAUUGUACACUGAAAUACGAUAUAUUUAAAUAAAUGCUUAUUUAUUGCCGAGUA